GGUGUUGCCACGAAAACUGAACCACAGUGAAAGAAGAGGCCGGAGGAAGGGUAUCCGGCACGCUCUGGUCUCCGGCAGCUCGGUGCUCGCAGGUGUUUCUGAAGCUUGUCAGUGUGAAAUUCCUGCCAUUGUUUGAGGAAUGCACAAAGGGCAUUUCCACUUUCCGCCGUCAUGUUCCGGGCUGCAUACCUCUGUAAUAGGCUGUGAAUGGUGACGGCAGUCAGCUGCCGCACUUGGUUUGUUCGUUCAUACUUCCAGCGUUUUCGUAGAUUUUUCUGCGCUCCCGUGACAAGUUUUUGUUUGUUUGUUUGUUUUCCAGUCGCGAUCAUGCUGAACUGUGGAGCGUUCAGGAAUAUAACCCUCGGACUGUGCUCGAUCGGGAUGGCAGAGGGGUUAUUCAGGGAUUACUCCCCGGAUCUAACAGAGCUGGAAAAUAAGAUCGGGAUGAAGACACCGGAAAGUCUUCUGACCUGGAUGAGAGAUGCUCCAAAUUGUGAAGGUGGCCGGAGGUCUGAAGUGAGCGGCAGGGAAAACCACAGCGCUGAUUUCCCCGAGGCUUUAUCUGACAAAAUUAACAACUUAAAAAAAGAGCUGAGAUGGCUCCGUUCUGCCGAUGUAAGGAUCCUACGGCAACUGGUGGCUUUGAACGAAGGGAUCGAGACCAUGCGCUGGCUACUGGAGGAUAGGGGCCCUUUAACCAGUCGUGGCAGCAGUUUAACAGGAAGCCUGAGCAGCCUGGAGAAUGGGCCUUUGAUGUCUCCCUGCAGAGAAAACCCAGACUACCCUGAGGAACUGACUGAAAUAAUGGGUGAGAAUUCAGAGAAUUCAAACCCUAAAAGCUAUGCUGACAUUCUCAGUUCAGACUCUAGUGAAGGAACAUCUCAGAGUCCUUCCGGCUCCGAAUUUUUGAUCAAUCAUUCUGCUCCUGGAAGUUUUGGUCAGACAUCAUUUAGUCCAGCCAGUGGAUUGAAUGAUGAACAACCACAGGACGUUUUUCUAACGUAUUUAGCGGCAAAAGUAAAAAAUCGUGGCGACACAAUCAGAAGAGUUUUGCUUAGAUCUUUCAAACCAAGAAAAAGCUUGGACGUGGAGACUUUUGACCCCACUCCACUUCCACGAGAGACACAGACAUUACACCAACCUCAGGAGAGUUUCACAGCAUCUCACACCAAUAUUAUAGAAAAGGAAGACAGUGAAACCAGUGAGGAGGAAGUUUUUCUAGGCUAUGAUGCCCGGUGGUCCUGGGUGGAAUCAGAAGAUGAUGUGACAUAUGUAUGACGACCUCUGAACACAACUUUGAUUUAUGAUCUUUGCUUUAAAGCUUUUCAACUAGUGAUCUGAGACGUAAAGGCACUUUGGCACAUUUUUUAGAAUAAGAUUAAAGCCACUGACUAAUGUGAAGUUUCUCUGUGUGUCACUAUAUACUCUGUGUGUUUGACUUGAUAUUUUUAAAUCAUUUGUUAUAAAUAUUAAAUAAUUAGAAAUGAAUGAUGUGAUGAAGGUUUCAAACACCUGAAUGAGAUCUGAGCAUCAGAUUUUGUGUCUUUGUUGUGUAACCAUCGGGUCUUAUGUUUUGUAUUUGUUUAAGUAACUUUGCUUAGCAGUUUUCUUAUCUUGAAUUUUAUGGACACUGUGCUUUCUUUCCUAAAUCUCUUGAAGAUAGGGGAAAAAUAGCAGAAGGUGAUUUUUUUUUUUUUCAAUUUAGAGUAAGGCUUUUUGUAUUUAUGAGCCUAAUAUAUCUUUUUUAUAUAUAAUU